AACGUCAAAUAUGUAGCACUCUAUUUGUCACUUGUUCAAUGGGUAACACACUUUGGUCGAGGGCGGCAGUUGCUGGCCCCGGCACCGAAACGACUAGCGCCCGUGGGACAUCCGCAGCGCCAGAUGACAAAGAGGAAUUACAAGACGCAUCUCUCGAAAUAGUUGUGCUUGGUACAGGUGCUGGCACGACUCAUGCCUUCUCAGGCGAGCCCAGUUCCUCGUUCGUAGUGCUGAAGGGCGGGAAGCCUGUGCUGUGGUGCGACGUGGGUUACGGCACAACUUACGCCUGCAUGCAGCACGUGGGGGAGCUCCCCAAGCACAUCUACGUCAGCCACAACCACGGAGACCAUGCAGGUGAGCUGCCUGUGGUGUUGGCUGUGGAGAAGAAGGCGGCGGCGGCGGCCGGUCUCGAUCCGCCUUACUUGUACUGCCACCCUGACGUCAUGGCGGAAGUUCGGCAGCACCGGCUGCGGGAGCUGAGGUCCACCGGUGAGCCCCAGGAGCUCUUUUCGACCUUCCGUGAGACGCUCCCCGGCUGUACGACAUUCAUCGGCGAUACCGGACUUGCCGUACGACCAUGCCUGUCACGGCACUCGGAGACCUGCUACGGCUUCGUGCUGUACGACGAGGAGGGAGAACCGGUGCUGGGCUGGACGGCUGACAGCGGGUACGACGAAGAGUUGUACGGCGACGUGGCUGAGGCUGCCGUACUACUGCUUGAUGCGCGGGCGGAGGGCAGCCAGGAACACGCAGGUUUCCACGAGCUCCCGCGCAUUGCUGCGCUGCCGUACAUGUCCGGCAAGACCGUGUACAUCACGGGCUACGGCAGGCAGGACGAGGCGCCGGGGAGGGAGGUGGUGGAAGGGCUGGGCAUGCGGGUCGCGCAACCCGGCUUGCGGAUACGCCUGCAGGGCUCGGCAGGCAAGCAGGCGGCAGGCAAGCAGGCGGCAGGCAAGCAGGCGGCAGGCAAGCAGGCGGCAGGCAAGCAGGGCUCGGCAGGCAAGCGGGCGGGUGACACAGCAGCAGAAGCGCCCGCUGCAGCGGCGGCGGCGGAGACAGCGGUGGCAGUAAACCAGGCUGCUUGAGGAGGGUAGCGGGGUCUUGUACAUAGCUGGCUUAGGUCUGUGGGUUGCAGUGACUUGCGAAUUAAGUUCCUAUGUCUUUAUGCAUACAGAAUUGGCCGUGUAUAUGGGUUUGUGGUUGUCGUGAUAGGCCUUAUGGUCAAUACUGCCUGUACAUGUCCUUUGUGCUUCCACGUCACAGCACUUUCCCGUUCAGAGAACAUGGAUUGCAUUAGGGUGUGACGGCGCAUGAUGAGUGUGUGACAUGUCACAUGUGUGCAUGUUGUGAUGCCGUACUUCAGGCAUGUUGUCAGGGCUUCUGGGGCGAAGAUUUUGUCUGGUUGGCGCAUCUGUGGAGGGCUUGCAAGGACAGCAAUCUCAAUUGCCAUAGUUGGACUAGGCGAGUUGGACACCUGCACGGGCACGUUCCUGGCUACGUCAAACCUGCGUUGGUGGUUGUCGCCUUUGGCCUUUCCCGUGCCUGGCAUAUGUUGCGGCUACGUUGCUUGUUAGCGUCAUGCGUUGCUGGAUGGAUGUAUUGUAAGCCUAGUCCACCUAUGGACUAGACUAGUUGGAAGUCCAAGCAUUUUCUUUCAGGCAAAUCGGCAGGCGUUGCCUAAGCAGCUCGAGGCAUACCGAAGAGGGAAACAGACCAAUGGCACCUUUCCAUGACAUGUACUCCUGCAUACGUGGGAAAUCCUUUUGCUUUGUAAGAAAGGA